GGAAAAUGGAGAAGAAAAUAUGGUCGUCGUCAAGAAUAAAGAUUCUGUUCGUACUGACGACGUUGAUUCUGUCGGAGAUAAGUUCUCCGGCGGCGGGGUGUCCCUCAGACGGCAGCCAGUGCAAGAGCUGUAUAAUGAACCGGAUGAAAACCGGCUGCCCGGGCUGCGUACCGAUCAUGCAGUGCAUGGCGCGUUGCCUUUGGGGCGGCGCGUCGCGCCCCAACUGCACGAAGAAAUGCGACUGCAGCGGUGGCUACCCGCGAUUGGCUGAUUGCAAGAAGUGCUUGUCGCAGUGCAAAUGUAGCUGUGUGGCUUCUGCGUAGAUAAUAGUGUAUGCAGCGGCGGCGCGUGAGGUUUUGGUUUAGGUUAAUUAAUUUUAAGUGAUCGAUAUAUGUUGUUUCCGCCGUUAAUUAAUUCUGUUUUUUCUUUAAUGUUGAAAAGAUUUAAUUUAUGUUGGAAGUU